CUCUUGUCCACGGCUUGAAAUUCUAUUCCCUUUGCUGAUACCGGCUAUUCAAAAUGGCGUCUACCUUUGCUAUGGGUCUCGGUGUCGCUACGGCCGCCUUCUUGGGCCGUGCCGGCUACGUCGCUUUGCAGCGCUCCAGAGGAGGUGUGAACAGCUUGGGAAAGGCUUUCUACAAGGGAGGAUUCGAAGCCCGCAUGACCCGCCGCGAAGCUUCCUUGAUUCUUGAGCUCCCCGAGCGCACCCUGAACAAAGACAAGGUCCGCAAGAAGCACCGCCAGCUCAUGCUUCUCAACCACCCCGAUCGUGGCGGUAGCCCGUACCUGGCCACCAAGAUCAACGAAGCCAAGGAAUUCCUCGACAAGCAUACCUAGAGUGGCAUCGAAAUCGGAAUCGGAAUCGAGAACCGCGACUCUUGAUCCCCUUGACCACAGGGGGAUCUGCGGACUCGGACGGAAGACUGGAAAUGAUACUUGCGUAUCAUCCUGUGUAUUAGAGCAUAACUUUUGGGUGCAUAGCGUGGCGUUGGUGGAAUUUUUGAAGCCGAGACGCUUUUUCUUCUCGGCUUUACUCCGGGGAGACCUGUACAUUGAUAUAUCCUGACGAGAUCGCCGCUCCUGAUAAUUUACAAGAACGUUUGCUGUACUGCUG